CUGGAAACGCGAGCGGGGAUGGUAGGUGGUUUGGACCCGCCGGGCCGCCGUCGUUUCCAGAAAGGGUUUGACUGGAGGAACCUCUGGAGCAACUGUUGGCUGACUCCUUUAGCUGAUGGCAUGUUGAGAUUCAAGGGGCAGUGGCAGCGAGAGCAUCUAAUCCAGAGGGGGCCACUCUAGAGGCCAGGCUACCAGUAUCAUGGGCCAGUGUGUCACCAAGUGCAAGAAUCCCUCAUCAACCCUGGGCAGCAAGAAUGGAGACCGAGACCCCAGCAGCAAGUUACAUAACAGGCGAGGUGCAGGCCACCGUGAUGAACAGCCACCAGCUUGUGGCAAGCCAGGUGGGGAUAUCCUCGUCAAUGGGACCAAAAAAGCAGAGGCUGCCACUGAGGCCUGCCAGCUGCCAACGUCCUCAGGAGAUGCUGGGAGGGAGCCCAAGUCCAGUGGCGAAGAGUCUUCCUUGCAGAGGUUGGAAGAGCUCUUCAGGCGCUACAAGGACGAACGGGAGGAUGCAAUUUUGGAGGAAGGCAUGGAGCGCUUUUGCAAUGACCUAUGUGUUGACCCCACGGAAUUUCGAGUGCUGCUCUUGGCUUGGAAGUUCCAGGCUGCCACCAUGUGCAAAUUUACCAGGAAGGAGUUUUUUGAUGGCUGCAAAGCAAUAAGUGCAGACAGCAUUGAUGGGAUCUGUGCCCGGUUCCCUAGCCUCUUAAUAGAAGCCAAACAAGAGGACAAAUUCAAGGAUCUCUACCGGUUUACAUUUCAGUUUGGCCUGGAUUCUGAAGAAGGGCAGCGGUCACUGCAUCGGGAAAUAGCCAUUGCCCUGUGGAAGCUAGUCUUUACCCAGAACAAUCCUCCAGUGUUGGACCAGUGGCUAAACUUCCUAACAGAGAACCCUUCUGGGAUCAAGGGCAUCUCCCGGGACACUUGGAACAUGUUCCUUAACUUCACUCAGAUCUUGGAUAUUGCCAAAGGAAGCCGUCCAGUAGCUUCUGUGUUCUCCCCUCUCUACCCAUCCAGUGCACAUUAAUUCUGGUAGAAGUGUCUUCCUUCUGACCUGGUCCCAGACCCAAGCCUGUGAUUGACUGCUCUUACCUGUUGCACUAAUGAUUAUGAUUCUAGUUUUCAAAGGGGGAAUUUGAAGCAGUAGGCAAAGGGGGCUUGAAUGAGUUGGUCUUACAAGUACCCUGCCUUAGCCUGCUGAGGUGAUGGGCCCACUGCUCAUGUGCCCUCCACCUUUGUGGAUUCCUCUUGGUUUGUGACCAGGGUGUUUCUUGAGAUUGUACAAGCUUGUUAACAGAAAUCAAUACUUUGUCUUCUCUGCAUUGUUACACUCUCCAAAUGGCCUCUUUAAUAUUUUUAUUAACUUGUUACACAUAUCUUUGUCUACGUUAUUUCUUUUGAAUGUUCUCUUAUUUGGAAGGUUACCUGCUGUUGGGUUUAAUAAAUCUGUUUACUUGAUUAUUGACAAUU